UUUGUUAAAAACUUGCUUAAAUUUUAGUGCAUAUAUUUGUUAUUACAUUUGUUUGCUAAUUACGCCGCUUAAAUGGUCGUAGGGCAUUAUUUCCCUAGGCACACGCUAAUUUCUUAUCGCUCUGAUAACAAAGACAUAGAAAAUCCCUAUCGAGUCACUCUCUUUUCCGUAUAAGUACACGUAACUGUAGUUAAAUUUAAAGCGGCCAAUAGCAGAAUUCGCCACCCUUCUCUCUCGCUCUCUGGCUAACUGUUAUCAAUCGUCCGCGCACUCUUUGAUAAACGUGUUGCUAUAAAUACGACCAGCCAGUGAGGAGCAACUGCAAAUUUGAAAUCGCCGUCGAACAGUGAAGAAAUCAAAAGCAAACGGCAAAAGACAGCCGAAGAAAAUUGAAUUCCAUGCCAAAGCUAAAGGGAAUACAAGUGAAGUGUUAUCGACACGCCAAAGCCAAGGCGAAAAGCUGAAAAACCUAAAGACCAAAAAUUUAAAAUCAAAGUCAACCUACCACAAGCCGCAAAUUACACGCUAUAAUCCACCACAAACCACGCUACUCACCACACUCCGAAACGAAAUUCACCAGCUCGCGUUUUUAAACGCGUCAAAAUUACGUUCAGUACAAGUCUAAAUACGUGCGGGGCGUGCAACCAGAGCGAGGACAUCAUCAUGCUGUUAUCAUACAGAUACAUUUACUCCGUACUACUGACCACCAUAGCCAGCAUUAUGGUUGUGCUCAGUUCAGCCCCGCACAUGCAGCUGCCCGUACGCAAAUGCAGCGGUCCCGGCCACAGCAUGGCAUUGAAUCUGGCCGAGUAUGGACUGCUGGAGAAUCGAAUUAGCACAUUGGACGCACCGCAUCAGACGCACUGGAGCAAAAAGUUUCUGGCCAAGCGCGAGGCAUCGCCGCAUUCGGCACCUUAUGUGGUCAGCAUACAGAUGAUGACACCGGAUCAGGGCCUGGUGCAUUAUUGCGCCGGCACCGUGAUCAACGAGCACUGGAUACUGACGGCCGCUCACUGCCUCACCUCGCCACAGUCCGUGGCCAGUUCGGUGAUUGUCGCCGGCAGCCAUGAUAUUCAUAAUCGACGCGGCGAGGCGGGCAAUGUGCAGAUGCGCAAUAUUGACUACUAUGUGCGACAUGAGCUCUACCUGGGCGGCGUGAAUCCCUACGACAUUGCGCUCAUCUACACCAAGAAGCCGCUCAUCUUCGAUGAGUACGUGCAGGCGGCAACGCUGCCCGAACAGGACGCUCAGCCCGAGGGCUACGGCACGCUGUACGGCUGGGGCAAUGUCUCAAUGACGGCCGUGCCCAACUAUCCGCACAAGCUGCAGCUGGCCAACAUGCCCAUAUUGGAUAUGAAACUUUGCGAGGAGAUACUAGCACGCUCCGGCCUCGAGCUGCACGAGACGAACCUGUGCACCGGCCCGCUGAGCGGAGGUGUUAGCAUUUGCACCGCCGAUUCCGGUGGCCCACUCAUGCAGGAAUGCUGCGAACCGCAUCUGGAGCAGAGCAACAUAAUCAUUGGCAUCGUGUCCUGGGGCAGAUUGCCCUGCGGCCAGAAGAAUGCGCCCUCUGUCUUUGUGCGCGUCUCCGCGUUUACAGAUUGGAUUAACCAGAUUAUCGCCUCUGCCACCCAACUCAUGUAGAGCGGAUUAUCGGCACGGAGAGA